AUGGUGGCCCUACCCCUUUUCAAAUUUGCGGCUUUAUUCUUAAAGCAUGUCUCCAAAUACGGAGCCAACUGGAUCAAAUCUCAAGCACACGACCACCCUAAGUUUAGGAUCUAUGCUGCGCGAUACGGACAGAGUAUGCAUCAAAUUAACAUGCGAAUGGCAGUCACACUUCUACAAAAUUCUACAGCUGAAAAACAAGCAAGAGAAAGAAAAGAAAACAUUUCAAUGAAAGCUGAGAAGAAAUCUCCCAUAGACGAUGCGAUUAAAGAGAAAACCUCAAUCAAGGAAAAAACUCUAAGUACUUGGAAACGAAGAUUUAGGCCCUUACCAGAAGGAAGAGCAGUUGAUUUAUUUGCUGAUGUAAUUGGAGACGCUUUUAUUCUCAUGGUUGCUGGAGGCCUCAUAUUAUACGAAUAUGUUAGAACUAAGGGAAGGCCGGAUUUGAACGCAGAGAAGAUAGCUGAACUUCAGCUUAAAUUGGAAGAUUUAGACAGGCGUGAGAUCGAACUAGAGCAGGCUGAAAAAAUUGCUCAAGGUAGAGUUGAUGCCUUAGAACUGACUCUCACCCGGUUAGAAAACAAAGGCUACAAGGUAUGA